CAGGAAUGAUGGCAUUGGAUCCAGUUUAAGGACUUACACCAGUUGGGAAUUAGCUGCACCCUCCAACAUGCCGUCCAAGCCUGCCCCGAUCAAGAAGGCGGCUAAGAAAGAACCAGCCAAGAAGGAGGAGAAGGCUCCAGAACCGGCCCCGGAACCGGCCCCGGAACCGGCCCCUGAGCCCGCUCCUGCCGAGGCCCCCCCCGCCGAGGCGGCCCCAGCCCCCGCGGAGGGCGAGGCUGCACCCGCCGAGGAGGCGCCCGCUCCCCCACCAGCUGAGGAGCCCAAGCCCCCGACCCCUCCACCCGCCGACGAGCCCACCAGCGCUCCCGUGGACCUGUUUGUGGAGGACAAGAAUGACACCUCGGUUUCUAUCAUCUGGAGUCAGCCGGAGAACAUCGGACCCUCCGGGCUGGACGGAUACACCAUUGAAACCUGCAAGGAUGGAACUGAGGACUGGAAAGCGGUCAACGAGGAGGUGCAGAAGUCCUGCCGCUUUGCGAUCAAGAACCUGACCACGGGCGACCGCCUGAAGAUCCGCGUGGUGGCCGUGAACGCCGGCGGCCGCAGCCCCCCGGUCGUCCUGCCCGAGGCCGUCCUGGUCAAGGAGGUCGCUAAUCGCCCCAAAGUUCGCCUGCCUCGCUUCCUCAGGCAGAGAUACGUCGCCCGCGUUGGAGAGAAGAUCAACCUGACGGUCCCCUUCACGGGCAAACCCAAACCCGUGGUCUCCUGGACCAAGAACGGGCAGCCGCUGGACACCAAGAGGGUGAACAUCCGCAGCACUGACAGAGACAGCAUCCUGUUCAUCCGCGCCGCCGAGAGGGAGGACUCCGGCGUGUACGAGAUGUGCGUGAAGGUGGAGGACUUCGACGACAAGGCCUCGCUCACGCUGCAGAUCGUCGAGCUGCCGGGGCCUCCUGCCACCGUCAAGAUCGUGGAUACCUGGGGCUUCAACGUGGCUCUGGAGUGGACCCCACCCACCGACAACGGAAACACAGAGAUCACAGGCUACACGGUCCAGAAGGCCGACAAAAAGACCGGGGACUGGUUCAGCGUGUUGGAGCAUUACCACAGGCUGAACGCCACCAUCUCCGACCUCAUCAUGGGGAACACCUACAAGUUCCGAGUCUUCUCCGAGAACAAGUGCGGCGUGAGCGAGUCGGCGACCGUCACUAAGCAGGAGGCCAAGAUUGUGAAGACAGGUAUCGACUACAAGCCUCCGGUUUACAAGGAGCACGACUUCACCGAGGCGCCCAAGUUCACCACCUCCCUGAGCGACAGGGCCACGACCGUGGGCUACAGCACCAAGCUGCUGUGCUCCGUCCGAGGAUUCCCCAAGCCCAGGAUCGAAUGGAUGAAGAACCAGAUGAUUAUCGGCGACGACCCCAAGUACAGGCAGAUCUGCGUCCAGGGCAUCUGCUCCUUGGAGAUCCGUAAGCCCGGGAACUUCGACGGCGGCGUGUACACCUGCAGAGCCAAGAACGACCACGGGGAGGCGGCCGUCAGCUGCAAGCUGGAGGUCAAACAGCCAGCCGUCCCUGAAGCAGGCAAAUAGUUUGACACCCACAGGAGGAGGGAAUGAGGCCUUUGCAGCAUAAGGAAGGAGCUGAAUUCCUGGAACAACAUGUAUAUAUGGCUGGUGACCACACUGUCGAAGGGAUGUGGCUGUGAGCUCUUGCCUAGUGCACCCAUGUUAAGAUGAACGAGUGCUGUCGCCUUAGUCUCCAUAUAAUACUACUGUGUAUCAAAAGUCCAUAUCCAUGUCCACCAUCAGCUUUGUUCCCAACGAUAUCCGUCCAUGGUAUCUGUCUUGUCAGUCUAACCAGGUGUGCACCAAGAAUUUGACAGCUUGAAUCUCCCGUUCCUCACAGAAGAUGUGAAUGUAACAUCUACGUGUUUAUAUCAAUAAAUAAUUUAAUUUCUG